AUGUAUGAGUUUUUAAGGGCAUAUAUCUUAAUAAUGCUGGAUUGAUUUGGGGAGGUGUUGUUAGCCACACUGCUGAUGUGUAGGGAUGGAUUGGCAUGAACGUUUGUUCAGAAUAUCAAGUUCCCUUCAGGAUGAAUCAGUAACUCUGGUGAACACUUCACUUUUCAUCUAACGGGAUCACCAGGUUUGUCAGGUCCCGCUCUGCUCCCUAGUACAUGUUUUUCAGUGUUUCCUGUUUUAUUUUGUGAUUCUCACCUCUCCUCUCGUGUCAGCAACUUCACUUCCUGUCUUUGUGUGUUUCCCUCCAGGUUUUGAUUGUCUGCCCUGCCCUGAUUAGUUUCACCUGUGUCUCGUCAUCCUCCCCUGUCUUAUUAUUAAUGUAGUUCUCCCUGUGUUUUUGGAUCUUUGGUUAGUUUACCUGUGACCUGCCUGUUUUUGGACCUUGCUUUAUGUUUUUUGGACUUUUUGGAUUUUCUGCCUGCCCCUUGGAUUUAUUGGACUGCUUUUCUGGAUUUGACCUUUGCCUGCCUCACCAUACAUAGGCACUGAUGAGCUCCUCUCAGACGGAGACUUUGGCAUCUGAGGGAACCUGCUGGAUUAUAAAGAACCCAAUCUGUUACUUUCAAGGACAGCAAGUUUGGAGGGUCUGUUGUUUCUCAUUCUGGUGCGUCUUCAGCGGAUUUUUUUUUGCGCCUUUGUGACUCUUCAGUCCUUCUUGUGGUGAUUACACGGUAGAAAAAAUGUUUUUAUGCAACACGAGUGCCAUAAAGGACUGGAGCUAUUUUCUGUCUCAGAUAUUGCCUCUGAUGAAUAAAACUACAGGCUUGGUAAACAUGGACAAAGCGGAGGAUGUGACGACCACCAUGGUGACGGCUCUGCAGCCGGACAGCGCCAUGAGCGCGAGUAACCCGCCUCUCAACUCCAAUCAUACCUCGGGCAUGGAGCACGUCUUUCAGUACUCUUCUUCAGAAAGUGACCUGCUGUACACGGACUACCGGACACCUGCACGAGACUCCAUACCGCUGCCCAAAGCGGUUCUCUACCUGGUCAUGGCUGCGCUUGUGGUGGUGGCGGUAGCGUAUGCGAUAGUUGGACACCUGGUCAAAGAUGUGGUUAAUGAGUUUGUAGGUGGAGGCAGGUCGAUCGUUGCCGAAGGUGACGGUGGUGAGACCAGCGAACCAGAAAACGACUGUCUGCUGCCAGGCGUACUAUUACAGCCACGGGAAAAAACAGACAUGGCUGAGCACAUUGGAGCCACCAUUGGAGAGGUUUCUCUGUCGGGGGUGCAGUAUGAUAUUCCACUGGACAGUGACCUGCCACAGCCAGGAAACAUCCCUUCAGUACCCCAAGAUCAACUAGCAGGAUCUGAAGACAAUGAUGCAUCUGUGCCAUCCACCUCUCAGAGCGCGCUCGGAGUCGGUCCUACAAAAUCAACAGAAGAUAUUAGAGACUCUUCAGCAUAUGCCAUCCCCUUUUUCACAAAUGAAUGACACUCUCAAAGAAAUAAUUGAAACUUUUAAAAUGAAGAAAUACAAACCCUCCAUCAAAUAAAAGCCAUUAAAAUGUUUCUGCCUUGAGUACAAUGUAACAAAAGUGAUCUGCUUAAAUGUUAAAGUGAAAUGAAUUGCUGUCGUCUGUGCUCAGGUCCCACGAAACAAUCAACCUUCAUGUCUUCAGGUAGUGGUGGGUGGGGUGGGGGCAUACCAUGGUGCAUUGCAAUAUUGUGCUGAACACAGCAGGCCAUGGUUAUUUUGUACACUUUUUCAGGUGUGUAUAAAAGCUCACUGCCUGCUGUGUGUAGGCUUUCAGUAUACCACCAGUGAGCGUCAGUUUCUGGUUACAGGCCACCUCCUGCUGGGUCUGAGGGUUGGUGAGUGGUGACAUAAGCCACGGUAGUCGCUGAUAGCCCCGAUCACCUAAAUUAAAAGUUGGAUUUAUGUUGAAAGGUAAUAAUGCAGACUUAUGAAAAUGCUCAUGUCUAGCAGCACCAUGAUCCAACUGCAUACCCACCGAACUGUUGUGCAGCACAAAAGAGUUGUGCACUUCCCCGGCCAGCGGGGCACCGUGUUCAACGUGUGAUUCUGUGCAUCACACAUUAUUUGGGCGUUGAUUGAAUGGAAUUGUUUUCUAUUGAGGAUGGAUUUGGAGAUGGUGCCUUGAUGCACACAUGAGUGCAGUCGAUUGCUCCAAUAGUAUUGGGUAGUCCAGCAAUGGCGUAAAAAUCCCUUUUUAUCUGGGUCUGCUGAGCAGAGCGGAAACUGAAUGUACUGUGGCGUUAACUGGACGAUACCCUGGAGAACUUUGGGGAGUGCACGACUAACAGUGGACUGAAUAUGGCAGACAUAUCACCAAUCUCUCUCUGGAAGGUCCCAGUAGCCAGGAAACCGAUAGCGGUGAGUACUUGCAGAUGAGGUGAGUGGGAUUAGAUUGUUUUGUCUGUGAUCUAAGUUGAGGCUCCAGAACGGCACACAGGUUUUGAAGAAUCUGCCUCGGUAAUCGAAAACGGCUUAUGAGCCACUCUUCACUCUCAGCAAACACAUCUGCUCGAUCUUUAAAUACAUGCUCUAUGCUCAAGGCUCGGUUGGCCAACGCAUCGAGCAGUAGCAAAUAAGCCACUGCGGCUUCGGUUGGGCACUACUUCGUACUACUUUAUAUACUAUGAAGAAAAUAAAUAAAUAAAUAAUAAUAAUAAUAAUAAAACUUUAUUUAUAGAGCACUUA